AUGACUGCGACAGGGAGCUUCCCCUCGCAGUUAGUCCACACCCUCAAGACACAUCAUGGACCCGUGAACGCCGUGACAUUUUCAGGUGGCCCUGGAGCGUACAUUCUAACGGGGUCAACCGAUCGCGCCGUGCAUCUUACCCGCGCCAUUCCGAACAGCAGCAAUACCUCGGUCGUCGAGACGACAUCGCCGAUUCAGAAGUACGAGGCCCACGGUUAUUCGGUGCUAGACAUCGCCGUUGCUUCGGACAAUUCGAAAUUUGCGAGCGUCGGAGGAGACCGACAGGUUUUUCUGUGGGAUGUUGAGCAGGGAAUCACCGUGAGGCGAUGGGGUGGGCAUAACGCGAGGGUGGAAGCGGUGCAGUUUGCGGGGGAAGAUGAUGCGGUUGUUGUGUCUGGCAGCGCAGAUACUACGAUUAACAUCUGGGACGGUCGCUCGAACUCUCAUAAACCAAUCCAGACGCUUACCGAGGCCGGCGAUACCGUCUCGUCGCUACAUGUGCAUAUGCCCACUUACUCUAUCGCGAGUGGGAGCUAUGAUGGCCGUGCGCGAGUCUAUGACAUCCGCAUGGGCCGGACCACGGUGGAUGUCCUCGGGAACCCGAUCACGAGCGUGCGGUGCUCUGCAGACGGGAACGCGCUUCUAAUGUCUACACUCGACAGUCGAAUCCGGAUGCUUGAUCGCGACGACGGGAAGCUCUUGAAGGCCUUCGGUUCCGAAGACAGCACCAAACAGUCACCAAUAUCACGCGAAAAGCCUGCUCCGUAUCGCAACAUGGAGCUGCGCAUUCGGUCCGUAUUCGCAAAAGGCGACGCCGUUGUCCUCAGCGGCAGUGAGUCAGAUAAAGACGAUCGCUCCGCACAGGCACACAUCUUCGCCUGGGACAUACUGAGUGGCGAUGUCAUUGCGUCGAUUCCAGCUGGGGAAAGGGUGAAGGCUGUAAGCUGUGUAGCGUGGAACGAGAAAGGGAAAUGCUGGGCAGGUGGAUGCUCUGACGGAACCGUCAAAGUAUAUCGGUAA